GAGCGUGACGUCCGGAGUCUUGUUAAAAAAAUAACGGCUUCAAGGCGCAAAUCCGGGGGCUUUUUAAAUUCACCACUCCGGGUGACCACCAUGAUAUCUUUUAAAGCGUUUCUCAACGAGAAACUGGCGGCGGUGGCGGAGGAGAUAUUCGGGGCCGUCGAAAAGACAAUAGACGAGUACAAAGAGGAAAUAUGCCGUAUGAAGGACCUGGAGAUAGGCCGCCUUAGGAUGCAGCUCAAGCUCAUCAAGACAGAUCCAUGCAUUGGAGUAGAGCUGCAGGAGCACAGCCAUCACCACCAGCCUCCUCCUCCACCUCAGCAGCAGGAUGAAGCAGCAGCAGCAGCAGCAGCAGACAUGGAGGCCCCACACAGUGAAGAGGAAGCCAGCAGCAGCAGUUUGGAGCAUUUUAAUGAGCCUGCUCGGGUGAAGACGGAGCCCCAGAGGAACCACAAGGAGUUCUGGCUGGGCCACGGCUCCGAGGAGCAGCUGGAGGAUUUGGAGUCGGACAUUAAAGACUUCAUGUCCACCGCCUCCGGUGUGAAGAACAGUUUGCAGGACCUCCCGGCUCUGCCCUUCUAUUUGUACCACAACAGCAUGGGGGAGGAGGGCAAGGAGAAGCCCUACGGCUGCAGCGUUUGCGAGAAGCGCUUUGCCAACUGCUCCCACCUGGCCGCUCACAUCAGGACGCACACGGGCGAGAGGCCCUACAGGUGUGACAUAUGCAGGAAGAGCUUCGUCACCACCAGCGCCCUCAACAGACACCAGACCAUACACACCGAGGGCAAACACUACGUGUGCAUUUACUGCAGUAAAGCCUUUAAAUGGAUGGAGUCUCUUGGCAGGCAUGUGAGAAUUGCGCACAAGAGACAUAACGCCCCUGAAUGACCUCACAUUUAUUUCAAAUAUGUGGUCAGUUUACAUGUGUACACAUUUUGGGGUUUAAGUAGGGGUAAAAAGAACAAUCCAUCCAUUUUUGAUACUGCUUGGCCCCGUUGGGUUGAUCUGUAAGGUGGGGCCUUCCCCCAGCUGACAUUUGGGGUGAAAGACAGGGUUAGAACGUGCAAACGUCACACACAAAUGUUCCAAUGGCGAUUUAAACUGUGAGGCUGGCGUGCUAACCCCUUGCCUACUGUGUGGCCUAAGCCCAUCCAUCCAUCCAUUUUCUACCGCUUAUUCCCUUUGGGGUCGCGGGGGGCGCUGGAGCCUAUCUCAGCUACAAUCGGGCGGAAGGCGGGGUACACCCUGGACAAGUCGCCACCUCAUCGCAGGGCCAACACAGAUAGACAGACAACAUUCACACUCACAUCCACACACUAGGGCCAAUUUAGUGUUGCCAAUCAACCUAUCCCCAGGUGCAUGUCUUUGGAGGUGGGAGGAAGCCGGAGUACCCGGAGGGAACCCACGCAGUCACGGGGAGAACAUGCAAACUCCACACAGAAAGAUCCCGAGCCCGGGAUUGAACCCAAGACUACUCAGGAACUUCGUAUUGUGAGGCAGAUGCACUAACCCCUCUGCCACCGUGAAGCCCGUGUGGCCUAAGCAUUGGGAUGAUAAUUCAUGCAUCCAUACUCUAUACCAGUGGUUCUUACAUUUUUAAACAAGUACACCUCAGAAAAAAACUUAGCUCUCCAAGUACCACCGUAAUGACCAACAUUAAAAUAUCAGUAGAGUACCGUAUUUUUCGGAGUACAAGUCGCACCGGAGUAUAAGUCGCACCUGCCGAAAAUGCAUGAUAAAGAAGGGAAAAAAACAUAUAUAAGUCGCAUUUUUUGGGGAAAUUUAUUUGAUAAAACCCAACACCAAGAAUAUACAUUUGAAAGGCAAUUUCAAAUAAAUAAAGAAUAGUGAACAGGCUGAAUAAGUGUACGUUAUAUGAGGCAUAAAUAACCAACUGAGAACGUGCCUGGUAUGUUAACGUAACAUAUUAUGGUAAGAGUCAUUCAAAUAACUAUAACAUAUAGAACCGAAACCAAGAGCUACUUCUUGGGUACUGAUUAAUGCGAAGGGCUACCAGUUUGAUACACACUUAAAUAAAUAGCCAGAAAUAGCCAAUUUGCUCAAUUUACCUUUAACUCUAUGUUGUUAUUAUUAAUAAUUAAUGAUAUUUAUCUUUGUGGAAACACUGAUCAUCUUAAUGAUUUCUCCCAAGAAAUAUAUAUAGAAACAGAUAAAUAUCAAUAUGCAACACUUUAUUUUUAUAUUUUCUCUAAGUGCACAUUUUUUCAAAUUGAACAUUUUCAAAUGAUCACUUCUAAGACAGUCUUGUGAAAUCACAAUAUCCCAUUUUAACUAGCUAGCCACUAACAUUUUUUUUUAACAAAUCAUGAAUUACUUUGCACCAUGUUUAUACAAAUAACUCAUGUAAAAUACAAAAGUCAACUCUCAAAUUUUUUAAAUAAAUCAUGUCACACUUUGAACUGGACACCAAAUAUGUUACACUGGGGCAAAAAAGUAUUUAGUCAAGUUCUCCCACUUAAAAUGAUGACAGAGGUCUGUAAUUUUCAUCAUAGGUACACUUCAACUGUGAGAGACAGAAUGUGAAAAAAAAUCCAGGAAUUCACAUUGUAGGAAUUUUAAAGAAUGUAUUUGUAAAUUAUGGUGGAAAAUAAGUAUUUGGUCACUUCAAACAAGGAAGAUCUCUGGCUCUCACAGACCUGUAACUUCUUCUUUAAGAAGCUCUUCUGUCCUCCACUCGUUACCUGUAUUAAUGGCACCUGUUUGAACUUGUUAUCUGUAUAAAAGACACCUGUCCACAGCCUCAAACAGUCAGACUCCAAACUCCACUAUGGCCAAGACCAAAGAGCUGUCGAAGGACACCAUGAAAAGAAUUGUAGACCUGCACCAGACUGUGAAGAGUGAAUCUACAAUAGGCAAGCAGCUUGGUGUGAAAAAAUCAACUGUGGGAGCAAUCGUCAGAAAAUGGAAGACAUACAAGACCACUGAUAAUCUCCCUCGAUCUGGGGCUCCACGCAAAAUCUCAUCCCGUGGGGUCAAAAUGAUCAUGAGAACGGUGAGCAAAAAUCCCAGAACCACACGGGGGUACCUGGUGAAUGACCUGCAGAGAGCUGGGACCAAAGUAACAAAGGUUACCAUCAGUAACACACUACGCCGACAGGGAAUCAAAUCCUGCAGUGCCAGACGUGUCCCCCUGCUUAAGCCAGUGCAUGUCCAGGCCCGUCUGAAGUUUGCCAGAGAGCACAUGGAUGAUACAGCAGAGGAUUGGGAGAAUGUCAUGUGGUCAGAUGAAACCAAAAUAGAACUUUUUGGUAUAAACUCAACUCGUCGUGUUUGGAGGAAGAAGAAUACUGAGUUGCAUCCCAAGAACACCAUACCUACUGUGAAGCAUGGGGGUGGAAACAUCAUGUUUUGGGGCUGUUUUUCUGCUAAGGGGGCAGGCCGACUGAUCCGUGUUAAGGAAAGAAUGAAUGGGGCCAUGUAUCGUGAGAUUUUGAGCCAAAACCUCCUUCCAUCA